CGCACACGACGCCCGUGAUGACAGCAGAGGCGGUUGGUGACAGCGAUAACAGGGUCCAGCAACAACCACUAGGCGCGGAAACACGCCGCACCCGUCGACGCUUAAAUCGCGCCGCUGCACCGCAGCCAUAUCGGAGCCGCAUGCUCCAGGCCUGCUGUCCAUAAUUCGCAGACUGUCUUCAGAUGUAAAGAAACUGUUGAUUCUUGGCCUUCCAAUCAAUCCAAUUCCACAGUUCGCCAUGGCGUCCGAUGAACGGCCCGCAUCCACCACCAUUCCUUCUGCCACGCCCAAGCCCGCAUCGUCGCCCUCCAAGUCAAACCCUCCAACCCGCACGACACCCUCAGCAGUCCAACGUAUACGCAUUCAAGCCCUCCGCUCCCUCGCCCUCCACGUGCACCGUCAUGACCGUUUCCUCGUGCGCCUCUCCGCCCUCCUCGAAAGCCCAGCUUCCACCGACGCCCUCCUCGGCACCCUCGGCUACACCCUCGAGCUCCUCGCCGCCCUGCUCUCGCGCUUCCUCACCCACCGCCUGGUGUCCCUCGCGUCCUCGAUCGCCAACAAAGCUGAGGAUGUCCUGCUCCCAGGCGAGACCCUCGUGGCGACACUGCCCACACCGUCAAGCGAGAAGCUGCUUUCCCAGGUAGCGACAGGGUCUAAAGCGCUUGCUGCCGUAAUUGGAGACUUCCGCAUCUUUGUGCGCAUGUGGGGACUUGCAGGGCUGUAUAUGUGGGCGAGGGGGCUGUGGAAUGCGCCGCUGGGUACAGAGGCCGGGGCGAAGGAGAGGGCGGUGAGGAGGAUUACGUGGGCGCAGAUUGGGAGUUUGGUGUUGUUCCAGGUGCUGGAGAACGGCGCGUACCUCGCGAGCAAGGGCGUGCUGACGAGCGACGCGUGGAGUGGGGAGGCUGGGAAGACGAGAGAGGGCGCAUGGUGGGUGUGGAGUAGCAGGUUUUGGGCUGCGCAUGUUGCGCUAGAAUUGGUCAGAGUUGGCGUGCUGAGAUACUAUGGAGACGGGAAAUUGGCGAGCGAAACAGAGAAAGACGUCGUAGGGGAUGGCGAGAAGGAGGGCAAGCUGUUGAUGGAGCAGAAGAGGAGGGAACGGUGGGUCUGGUGGAGAGACGCAGUGAGCAAUAUCGCAUACAUGCCCAUGACGCUGCAUUGGAGCGUUGAAGAAGAGAAGGGCUUCCUUAGCGACUGGGGUGUCGGCCUGCUAGGAGCGAUAGCUGGUGGUUCCUUGCUAUUAGACGCAUGGAAGCAAACCGCAUGAACGCUGGACCUGGACGGAAUUGAUAUUUCCAACAUUGCGAAUCGGAACAUUGUUUCUCGAUGGAGAUGGCGACCCCGCCAUUCAGUACGCGUCCGCUUCCACCAUACACUUUUGUACUAAUGUCGUUUCAGGUGUUUCCAACGACACCUAUCUAUGAUUGGAGGACAUCCAACCCCAGAUUUUCUCCCGCAUGUAGAUUAAGGCACCUC